AUGUCUCGAUUCUUCCGUGGCAACGACAGCUCCAGCGAGAGCAGCUCCGACGAGGAGGAGCUCUACUCUGAGGAGGAGGAGGUUGAGGACCAGGAGGAGUCCGAGGAGGAGGAGUCCGAAGAGGAGGACCAGGAGUCUGAGGAGGCUUCUGAUGAUGAUUCCGACCGCGAAGGCGGCAAGAAGACCGGUGCCGCCAAGUUCUUUGAGGAUACUUCAGAGAGUGAGGAGAGCGAGGAGGAGGGAACGGUCAGAGUUAAGAGUGCCAAGGACAAGCGGUACGAUGAGUUGGAGGCUACCAUCACCGCCAUCACCAAUGGCCAGAAGAUCAACGACUGGAGUUCUAUCUCUACAGAAUUCGACAAACUCAACCGCCAGGUCGAAAAGCUUCGCGUUGGUUCCAACGCGCCCAAGGUCUACAUCAAGUGUGUCGCCGAGCUGGAAGACUUCAUGAAUGAGACCAUCGCGAAGCAGAAGGUCACUCCCAAAAAGAUGAACGCGACGAAUGCUCGAGGUCUGAAUGCCGUCAAGCAACGCAUCCGCAAGAUCAGCAAGGAGUACCAGCAGCAGGUCGAGGCGUACCGUGCCGACAAUGACGAGUUUAUGGAAUCCGACGAGGAGGAGGCUGCUCCAGCCGCCAAGCCCAAGAAAAUCAAGCUGGCAGACGCAUUCACCCCCGAGCAGGCCGAGGAUGCCGGUGAUGACUUCACCACAGUCGGCAAGGGUGGCCGGUCUCUGCAAUUCACCCCUGAGAGCAUCUUUAAGCAUCUGCGCACCAUCAUGGAGUCGCGAGGCAAGAAGAACACCGACAGGCAGGAGCAAAUCAAGAUUAUGGAAAAGCUCAACGAGAUUUCCAACACCCCCUACCAGCAGAUUCGCGUCCUUCUUACCCUCGUGUCCGCAAGGUUUGACCUGGGUGCUGGUACCGGCAAUGCUAUGCCUCUGGAGCACUGGAAGGCCGCCGAGAAGGAGCUGACUCUUCUCUUCUCUGUUCUUGAGAAGAACCGCGAGUACAUCGUUAUUGAGAAUGCCGAGGAGUGGGACGAUGACGAGAAGCCCCCCGUUCUGGAGCAGGGUCAGAAGUACAUUCGCAUUCCCGGCAGCGUCGUUUCUUAUGUCGAGCGCCUGGAUGAUGAGCUUACUCGAUCCCUGCAAACUAUUGACCCCCACACCUCCGAGUACAUCGACCGACUCCAGGACGAGGGUGCUCUCUACAACGUCAUCUUUAAGGGUCUUCUCUACUACGAGAUGCUGCGCAAGGAUGCCGAGCUCGAGAUCCCCCAGGACAGCUUGAACCGCAUCGUCAUGCGACGGCUCGAGCAUGUUUACUUCAAGCCCGCACAAGUUGUCAAGAUCCUGGAGGAGAACUGCUGGAAAUCUGUCUCUGAGAACACCGAGUCAUCCAUCACCCCCAAGCAAGCCUCUGUCGAUGCUGCUCACCUUGUGAACGUGCUCUGCAACUACCUGUUCGCCAACAGCGAGGGCAUUAUCCGCGCCCGCGCUAUGCUGUGCCAGAUCUACUUCCUCGCGCUGCACGACGAAUACUACAAGGCCAGGGAUAUGAUGCUCAUGUCCCACUUGCAGGAGACGAUUAGCAGCUUCGACGUCCAAAGCCAGAUCCUAUACAACCGUACGUUGGUGCAAGUUGGCCUUUGCGCCUUCCGCAAGGGUCUCGUCUACGAUGCGCAAAACACUCUCCAAGAGAUCUGCGGCAGCGGCAGACAAAAGGAGCUCCUGGCCCAGGGUGUCAUGAUCCAGAGGUAUAGCCAGGUCUCGCCCGAGCAGGAGAGGCUGGAGAGGCAACGCCAGCUGCCCUUCCACAUGCACAUCAACCUUGAACUGCUCGAGUGCGUCUAUCUGACCUGCAGCAUGCUCCUUGAGAUUCCUCUCCUCGCCCAGACCGGCUCCUCGCCUGAUGUCAAGAAGCGGGUCAUCAGCAAGACCUACCGCCGCAUGCUCGAGUAUCACGAGCGACAGAUCUUCACCGGCCCCCCGGAGAACACGCGCGAUCACGUCAUGCAGGCCUCCAAGGCGCUUGCCGCUGGCGAGUGGAAGAAGGCCACCACCUUCAUCCACAGCAUCAAGAUCUGGGAGCUCAUGCCCCAGACCGAGAGCAUCAAGGCCAUGCUCGCCAAGCAGAUCCAGGAGGAGGGUCUGCGCACCUACCUCUUCACCUACGCCCCCUUCUACGACACCCUGUCCAUCGAGACCCUCAGUGGCAUGUUUGAGCUCGAGACCCACAAGGUCUCGGCUGUCGUCAGCAAGAUGAUCAGCCACGAGGAGCUCGCGGCCGCCCUCGACCAGGUCAAGCAGACCGUCAUCUUCCGCAAGGGCGUCGAGCUCAGCCGCCUGCAGAGCCUCGCCCUCACACUGUCCGACAAGGCCAGCGCCCUCAUCGAGACCAACGAGCGGACUCUGGAGCAGAGGACGCAGGGCUCAUCAAAUGCUUUCGAGAGGCAGGGUGGCAGGGGCCGCGGUGGUGGCCAGAGGCAGGGCCGUGGAGGUGGUCGGGGAGGGGCCAGGACUGGCGGCAACACCCAACGGCAAGCUGGUGGCACUCAGUUCACCGGUGGCGCCCUGGGUGCGGCAGUUCGUGCGUAA